AUGGUUCUUGUGCCAGAUGCAUCAGGCUCUCGAGCAGCCAAGCUCAUCAGAUCCUUCUGGGCUGUGACCAAAGGCGAACAACAAAUCACCAACGCCCACUAUGCCAAGCUAUUUUUUCAAGCCUGCAAGGCCUACAGUGACAGAAACUCAGCAGUCAAAUGUGUUGAAGUCCUCAUCUCAAACCCUGCCGGCAUAGCAGCAGUGGAGAGAGCUGUUCGAGUCGACUUGAGCAUAAACUCCAUCGACUCUACGACUCUACCUUUCAUUCUCAUUCUAUCGGACCCUGGGGUUAUCGCACUCAGCAACGGAGGUUUCCUCCGUCAGAUCCUGUCUGCAAUUUUGGAGCCUGCGACAUUCUGGAGUGCCUCUAUGGACGCGUAUCUCAACGACAAGCUCAAUGCCGGACUCGAAGCAUUUGCAUGGCUCUGCUUGCAGAUUGUCUCCGACCGCACUAGCUUCGAUGCACAGAAGGUCGCUGUGGAAGAGAUGAUGAUGCGCAAAUCUCUAGUCUCCUCUCAAUGGCCCGAAGUCAGAAAGAUCGCCUACCGCAUCGAGAAUCUCAUAAAGAUCUUUUCCCAACCUGAAGCGGUCACUGAAGGUGUUAAACCUGGGGGACGCCACGACAAUGACCAUUCCGAUUUUCGAGAGAUCUCCAUCUAUCCUACUUCUGACGAACUUUUGUCAACUGAACCACCGUAUCUUCAGCGACUUGCCGAUGUAUUCGAUGCGCCAAUCGACACCAGAAGUCAAAGUUACCGUGACUGGCUCUUUCGCCUUCUUCGUGAGGACAUGCUCUCUGAGCUCCGGGAAGACCUCCAAGCCGCCAUGGGCCAGAAGAAGAGUAGACGCCGACCUGUCGCUUUGGGUCAGUUGAAGCUGGUUGGGAUCAAUCACGAAAACGAACUUGAUCGCCGUAAUAUGCCGCCAUAUACCCUCUAUGCUGCCUGCAGUCAAGGUAUCAACUUCCCACGAAACCUGUCCGAGGGCGGAAAGAAAGCCUUCAUCGCCGAUUCGAAGAAUUUCAUGAAGCGUGAUUCUUUUGGUGCGCUUUGCUUUGGCGCUUCAGUCAUUGCAUUUGGAUCACUAGUCAGGAACGAUAACAAUCUCCUCAAGACACCACCUGUCGUUGGAUUUAGAUUCACAGAUGACUCGGGUAUAAAACAGGCUCUGACGGCGCUACAAAGUCCAUGUAAAGAUCAAGUCAAGUUUUUGGUUGUCGACACUGCCACAUUCGCUUAUGAACCAAUUCUGAAGCGACUGAAAACCAUCGGGGAGUUGACUCUCGAACCUCAAUUAAUUGAUCCUGAGCAACCUCUUCGGGAUGGUCCAAGAUCGACAACGCUUGACCUUUUCUUGCUGCAAAUGAAAGAUGCUUUCAAAGCAGGACGCCGCGUCAAGAUGCCGGGAAGUCUACGACUGAAGAAGGAUAUCUACCUACAGGAUGCUCAACUCAAUUCCUUCAUUCAUGGUUUGAGUCGCGAUCUGGCUUUGAUCCAAGGCCCGCCUGGCACAGGCAAGUCAUUUCUAGGUGCACUCAUUCUUUUGACCAUAAUACAAAUGACCGACUCUCGUGUUCUUGUUCUGAGCUACACGAACCAUGCUCUCGACCAGUUUUUGGAGGAUCUGAUGGACAUUGGUGUCAGUCGGGAUCAGAUGGUCCGUCUUGGUUCCAAGUAUACUGAAGCGACCAAACCCACUCUUUUGAAAGAGUGUGAUGGGCAGAAGAGGCUGACUAUGGAGGAGAGGAAUAUUCUCAAUGCUCUUUCCGUCGAACAAAGUGAAGUUAAUAUGGAACUUCAGGAAUGUAGCAGAAAGCUCGCAGGACGGGAUACCGACCCAGCCGAUAUUCUCGAAUACCUGGAAUUCUCUGACACUCUCUCAUCGGCCUGGGUUGCUUUUCAGCCUCCAGUAGAUGAUGAUUUCCAAAUAGUGGGUUCUCAUGGUAAAGCUAUUGAGCCCGAGACAAUCUACCAACAUUGGCUUCGCGGUGGAGAUGUCAAUAAGAUGGGAAGCCUGGGCGCCACUUUGGAUUCGUCAGCCCUUUCGGUCUGGACAAUCCCGAGCGACUCCAGGAAGCAGCUUCAUGGUGUGUGGUCUCAUACGGUCCGCGAGGAGCAAAUCCUCAAUUUUGCCGAUCUCAGCAAGAAGUACAACGACAUCAAAAACAGAGUGAAAAGCAUUCUGGAUGAGCGCGGUCGAAGAGUGCUCAAAGAAAAACGAAUCAUUGGGUCCACGACUACCGCUGCGGCAAUGUAUCAAUCCAUCAUUGAAACAGCCAACCCAGAUGUUAUUCUGGUAGAAGAGGCCGGAGAGAUCCUCGAAGCACAUAUCAUCACCGCCUUGAGUGCCUCAGUUAAGCAACUUAUUUUGAUCGGCGAUCACAAGCAACUUAGACCAAAGGUCAACAACUACAAUUUGACCAAGGAAAAGGGUGAGGGAUUCGAUCUGAACGUCUCCUUAUUCGAAAGACUUGUUUGUCAAGGCCGGGAUUUCACAGCUCUUGAGGAGCAACACCGCAGCCAUCCGGACAUCUCACAGUAUCCGCGCAUGCUAGCGUAUCCUGAAUUAAAAGACAUACCCUCGACAUUCGAUCGCGCUCCAGUUCGCGGACUGAGAAGUCGAGUGACAUUUGUCCAUCAUGAAAAGCCUGAGGAUUCCAUGGACAAGGUGAACGAGCGUCAAGAUCCAACCGCCAAAGCCAGCAAAAGAAACCUUCACGAGGCUUUGAUGGUUCUCAAGAUGGUCCGGUUCCUUUCACAGAAUGGGUACAAGACUGAGAAUAUGGUUGUACUCACGCCAUAUCUAGGCCAGCUGUGCUUGUUGAAGGAGACCCUCAGCGCAAAAACUGAUAGUUAUCUCAACGAUUUGGAUUCGCAUGACUUGGUGCGGGCGGGACUCAUGACACCAGCAGCUGCAAAGGUCAACAAGAAGUCACUUCGUCUCUCAACGAUUGAUAAUUACCAAGGAGAGGAGUGUGACAUCGUCAUCAUUUCACUAACCCGUAGCAACACAUCAGGCGAUAUUGGAUUUCUGAACGCUCGCGAACGACUCGUCGUCCUUCUAUCUCGAGCACGUAACGGCAUGAUCCUUUUUGGAAACAUGGAGACGUUUAUGAAGAGUAAGAAAGGAGGAAAGAUGUGGACACAGUACUUUGACGCUCUGAAAAAGAACGGAUCUUUGUUUGAUGGUGUACCCGUGCACUGCGAACGCCAUCCAGAGACAACCAUGCUGCUGAAGACGCCGGAAGAUUUUGAUACAAAGUGUCCUGACGGAGGAUGCGCAGAGCUUUGUAACGCUCCUUUGGGCUGCAAGAAACACAAGUGUCAUCGACGCUGUCACCGAGUCCAGGACCACUCGAAGACCAAGUGCUCUGAAAAAGUCGAGCAUAUUUGCAGUAGAGGACACAAGUCAAAGAUUCUUUGCGGCAACAAAUCCAAGAGUUGCAGAGCUUGUAUAGAUGAAGACGAAGCCAACCGCCGUCGUAUCGAGCGAGACCUGGAGAUAGAGAGGAAGCGGAAAGAGCAACAAGCCAAGUACGAACUGGAGCUUCGUCGGUGUAUCCAGCGAGAUCUAGACAUGGAGAGAAAGCGACAAGAGCAGCAAGAUAAGUACCGACUGGAGCUGCAAGAGAUUGAAGCUGAAAUUGAUCAUCGCCGUCGAACAUUAAAAUACGAGACUGAGGAGAAACAACGAGCAAAUGAACUGAAACAAAAGAAGGAGGAGCUUCAGUCACUUCUUCAAGCUGAAACAAAUCAGAAGAAACUCAAAGCGACAAAGAAGAGUGCUCAGCCACCUCAGUCUCUGCCCCAGUGUGAUGCGAUAUCAGGCGCUGCCAAGGAAUGGCAGAACAUGAAAAAGGUCGACGGUGCUCGCAGCGCAGCUCUAGACAGACUCAUGGGGAUGAUCGGGCUGGAAUCGGUGAAAGACCAGUUCUUGUCCAUCAAGUCAUCGGUCGAUACGAAAUUGCGUCAAGGCUUUUCCCUUUCGGAUGAGAGGUUCAGCAGCGCUUUGUUGGGAAAUCCUGGAACUGGCAAGACAACCAUAGCCAGGAUUUAUGCAGAGUUUCUCACUUCCGUGGGGGCUAUUGCAGGAAGCCUUUUCAAAGAAGUAACAGGCUCAAAACUCGCCAAUAUGGGCGUUGCCGGAUGUGAAAAACUCCUUGAAGAGGUCAACAAUGGCGGCGGUGGCUGUGUUUUCAUUGACGAAGCGUAUCAGCUUACAUCCGGGAACAGCCCUGGAGGCAAGGCUGUGCUUGAUUUCCUCCUCGCCGAGGUUGAGAAUCAACGCGGCAAGAUAGUGUUUGUCCUGGCGGGCUAUAACAAAGAGAUGGAGUCUUUCUUCUCUCACAACCCCGGAAUUCCCAGUCGUUUCCCCAUUGAGAUGAAGUUCGAAGACUACGCCGAUGAAGAGCUACUCCGAAUUCUCCAGCUGCAGAUUCAUCGGAAGUUCAAUGGAACCAUGACUGUAGAGAAAGGCGUUGAUGGACUCUUUUGUCGAAUCGCGUCGCGUCGAAUUGGCCAUGGGCGCGGGAAAGCUGGCUUUGGCAAUGCUCGUGCUGUUGAGAAUUAUCUGUCAGCGAUUUCGAAUCGACAAGCAGCGCGAAUCCGGAGAGAACGUGGUGCAGGGACAAAGCCGAAUGAUUUAUUUCUUUCCCAGGAAGACAUCAUUGGUCCCGAGCCAUCUCAGGCAUUAGUCAAGAGCAAGGCCUACCGCUCACUCGAAGGUCUUGUUGGUCUCGGUGAAGUCAAGGAAGCACUCAAGAUGUUCAUGGAUACCCUCAAGACGAAUUUCGAGCGUGAGCUUGCAGAACAACCGCUGGUAGAAUUCUCUCUAAACAAGGUAUUCCUUGGAUCACCCGGUACUGGGAAAACGACUGUUGCAAAGCUUUAUGGUCAAAUUCUCAAAGACCUCGGCCUUUUGUCUAAUGGAGAGCUUGUGGUCAAGAAUCCGGCUGAUUUUGUUGGAGCAGCUCUUGGACAGUCUGAGGCACAGACCAAAGGAAUCCUCGCGGCAACAGUUGGCAAAGUUCUUGUGAUCGACGAAGCAUACGGCCUUUUUGGUGGAGGAGCCAACGGAACGGUCGUUGAUCCAUACAAAGCGGCUGUUGUCGAUACUAUCGUUGCCGAGGUUCAAAGCGUACCUGGGGAAGAUCGGUGCGUGCUUCUUCUUGGGUAUAAGGAGCAGAUGGAAGAAAUGUUUCAAAACGUCAAUCCUGGCCUGAGUCGACGAUUCCCUCUCUCCUCUGCCUUUGUCUUCGAAGAUUUCGAUGAUGUCGCCUUGGCAAAGAUUCUUAACUCCAAGCUGGAAAAGUCCGGCUUUAAAGCAACGGACAAGGCUAAGAUCGUGGCCCUGGAUGUCCUCCGUCGUGCACGAAACCGCCCCAACUUUGGAAAUGCUGGCGAGAUCGACAUCCUCCUUGAUAAAGCGAAAGCAAGCAACCAGAAACGCGUUUCAUCUGGUCGUGUCAAGAGACAUGGUACUUUAGAAGCAGUUGACUUUGAUGAGGACCACGAUCGAGCUGAGAAGGGCGACACUGACAUCCGGAAACUCUUUGCGGGCGACGUUGGUAGAGAAGGUCUCAUUUCAGUGCUGCAAGGCUACCAGAAGCGUGUCCGCGAUGCUAAACGGCUCGAGUUCGACCCAGAAAUUCCAUUCAACUUUCUGUUCCGUGGUCCGCCAGGAACAGGCAAGACAACAGUAGCACGCAAGAUGGGUAAGGUGUACUACGAUAUGGGAUUCUUGGCAAGCACGGAAGUCAUUGAGGCAUCUGCAACUGAACUCAUCGGUCAAUACGUCGGACACACAGGGCCCAAAGUACAGAAGCUUCUCAAUAGAGCAUUAGGGCGUGUGCUAUUUAUCGACGAAGCGUACCGGUUGGCGUCUGAGGGUUCAUUUGCCAGAGAGGCGGUUGAUGAACUUGUGGAUUGUGUGACAAAGCCAAAGUACCACGGAAAGCUGAUCAUCAUUCUGGCUGGAUACAUUCAAGACAUCAACACCCUUUUGGGUAUCAAUCCGGGGAUGUCGAGUCGGUUCCCGGAAAGUAUCGAUUUCGAUCCACUUACGCCGGCCAGCUGUAUCCAGCUGUUCACGAGUUCGCUACAAUCCAACAAAGAAAAGGUCCAAAAGAGAAUAGCAAUGGACCUCACAUGCCUAGAACAUCCGGAUGAGAUGUUCUUGAAGCAGAUGGCCGAAAGGUUCCAGGUACUUUCGGAGCAAGAUAGUUGGGCCAACGCUAGAGACGUCAAGGAGUUGGCAAAGAAGGUGUUUCAAAAGUUCGACCUCUCCUCGGAUAAACUGAUACUCACCAAAGAGCAUGUCUUUGAGUCUCUCGAUAGGACGAUAGCUGAACGUCAUGGCCGAAUGAGCAACAAGAAGCCAACAAUGGCGACAGAAAUGGCAAAGGCGCUAGCCGGUGCGCCUUCGCUCAGCCCUGCUAAGACUUCAACCAAUACGGCAAUGGUCACCGAGAACGAAGAAGAAGAAGAUGAGGCGGCAGACGACACUGGUGGUGGUGGUGUCAAUCUGGUUACUUGCACCCGAGACGCUGGAGUCAGCGAUGCAGUAUGGGAGCAGCUUCAAAAGGAUAAGGAAAAAGAAGCCCAAGAUGACGAAAAGCUCCGCCAGCUGAAAAAGGCUCAACAGAAUGCGAAGGAUGCGGACAGGGAGAGAAUCGUGCGUGAGAUCUUGGCCAAGGAGGAGGAACGCAAAAAGGUUGAGGCAAAGAAGAAGAAGUUGAUGAGCUUAGGUAUUUGCCCAGCGGGGUUCCAAUGGACCAAGCAGAGCGGUGGAUAUCGCUGUGGAGGAGGCGCACAUUGGCUUUCUGACGACGAGAUAGAUAAGAUGUAG